UAUAUCAAGGAAUAAAUUAAUGUUUCCAUAAAAUUCUUCUACCACCAAGUACCAAGCAGUAACUGUAAGCGCGAAAUGGAUACCCAAUCUUCAGGAACCUUGCAAUCGCCAUCCACUUACUCCGGCAGUUCCAAGACCGGAAGCAGUAAAUCAGGAGGAACUGAAAGGGGUGAAGAGGAUCUUACUAAGGAUAACGUUGCAUCGCCCAUCGACCUGGAGUGCCACAUUCAAGCGGAACGUAUCACGAAGAUUCUGGACGAAGCAGUCUACAAAACAAAACUUGCCCUCUGCCUCUCCAACCUCGUACAAGAGUACCGCACGCUCAGCUCCAUAUUAACAACUCAGCAUAUGGACGACCUGAUUUUUAUAUUCGAGCAGUAUGACAACCCGCUGUUCUCUACCAGUCUGCUUAAUAUGGCAGCAAUGGAUGAUAUUAAGGGGGGUGACGUAUCAUUAAAGAAUCGCCUGAACCCGGAGCUGGGUCACCUGAUGUACAUCAUGAACAGUUAUCCUGCCCUGCGAACCAAAGUCGAAGAAAUGAUACAAGAGAUGAAAGCUGAAUUUAUCGAGUCUGGUGAGGUGGUGGCUCCCGGCCUAGAGUACCUGUUAGUAUUGGAGCAAUUUCGCGACUUGAUGGUGCGGCAGAUGGAUACCACCGCUGCUGAGGAACUCACUGCCAAGAUCAACACGAGGAAACUAGAGGGUUCUAAUGAAAAGCUGAGGGAGAAAAUACGAGAGUACACGGAGAAUUUAAAGACUGAGAGCAAAAGAUUCGAAGAAACAAUGGCGAUGAAAGCUGAUAUAAUAUCCAAGUUGGAGAAAGAGCUGGCUCUACUUAACUACGAGGCAGAUGUCAAGCUUAAAAAGAAAAUAUUAGAUUCAGAUCGUCAAAUGGUGUUGGCUACCCGCGCUCAUAUUGUCAAGAACGAGGUAUUGCUUGAGGAGGAGGUGGAAUCAAGGGAGAUGUAUGAAAAUUUGCUGAGAGUGCAUCUCAUUGACGAAAAGAAUCAACGCGCACGAAGGUUCAAAGUGGAGACACAGUUGCUCUCUUGGCUGCAGAAAUACGACCUUGAGAUGGGAGACAAGCAAGUAGAACUGGACGAAUUCACGGAGAAAUAUGAAGACGAAAUGGAGAAAUGCGAGAAUUUGGAGAUUAAACUGGCCGAGCAGGACAAAGAAUACAUUCCAUUGAUGGCGGAAAGAGAGGAAGAAUACCACCAAGAGAUGACAGAGAAGCUCAACAAGUUCAAAGUGGAACACGCCGCGAGGGUAAUCCAGAUGGCUUGGCGAGAUGUGCUGGCGAACAGAGCCGAAAAGAAGAAACUCAAGAAGUUACAGAAGAAAAUGCAAGCGGCACAGGCUGCGGCCGAGAAGAAGGCAGCAAAGAAGUAG